AUGCGCAAUCCAAUAGCAGUAAAGGCUUCGUCGCCCGAAGGUGAAGAUAUUCCUCGCGAGAUCUAUGGCUUCCGACCUUAUCUCCUUGCCAUCUCGGCAUCGUGGGCCUCUGCCAUGUACGGGUACGACAGCGCGUUCAUUGGAGGAACUCUCAGUCUACCCUCCUUCCAGCGAACGUAUGGCCUUGACACAGCAAGCGAUUCUGCCAAGGCAAAUCUGUCAUCAAACAUCGUUUCUACCUUCCAAGGUGGUGCAUUCUUCGGAUGCGCAUUAAGCUUCCUCGUCGCUGAACGUUUCGGACGUCGACCGACUUUAAUCCUUGCUGCUAUCAUAUUCUCCAUCGGCGCCGCCCUUCAGAUGAUCGGUCGACUCGACUGUCUGUAUGUCGGUCGAGCGCUUACAGGCUGGGGCGUUGGCUCAAGUGCAAUGAUCCUCCCAAUCUAUGUCUCUGAAUGCUCACCAGCCUUGAUCCGUGGACGACUUGUCGGAACAUUUGAGGUCAUGCUCCAAGCGGCACUGGUCUGUGGCUUCUGGGUUAAUUACGGUGUCAACAAGAACAUCAGCCCAGAGGGUAAUAUGCAAUGGCAUAUCCCCGUCGCGGUUCAGUUCGUGCCAGCCGGGUUAUUAGUCAUCUUCAUGAUUCCUAUGAUUGAGUCACCUCGAUGGUUGGUCUCCAAGGGUAAACUUCAAGACGCUAGGAAGAGUCUAAGUUGGGUUCGAAAUCUUCCCCAAGAUCAUGCCUACAUCGACCGCGAGAUGUCCAUGAUUGAGGUGGCGAUUGAACAUGACGUAUCCUCUACAGGACAGAGAGGAAACUGGCGACAGAUCUUCUCAGAGCUGUUCCAGCCUGGAGUUCGUGGUAGGAUAGUUUUGUCUUGUGGACUUGUCUCAUUCCAGAAUUUCACAGGAAUCAACGCCAUCAACUACUACUCGCCGACCAUCUUCAAGUCUAUCGGCUUCACGGGUACCUCAGUUGGCCUGCUCGCCACUGGCAUUUUCGGCAUCGUGAAGAUGGCUGCUACCAUGCUCUAUGCAGCAUUCCUGGUCGACAAGCUAGGACGAAGACCACUACUACUGAUAGGUGGUGUUGGCUCUGGCAUCGCAAUGUUCUACCUGGCUGGCUACUCUAAGGUGUCAGGCUCGUUUGAACAUAUCCCACCCAUGGAUGCUGGAGCAAAGACUGCCGUGGCGAUGGUAUACGUCUAUGCUUUGUUCUACGGUAUGAGUUGGAAUGGAAUCCCAUGGCUUUUCACGUCAGAAAUCAUCCCAAACAGAGUCCGUACUCUUGGAAUGGCGUUUUGCAUCUGUGUCCAAUGGGUGACGCAGUUCAUCGUGGUCUACAGCCUACCGCAUAUGGUCAUUGGUAUUACCUAUGGGACCUUCCUCUUCUUCGGUGCAUGCACUGUUUUCGCAAUCAUCUUUGCAUGGCUGUUCAUCCCCGAAACCAAGGGAGUUCAGCUGGAGGAUAUGGAUCUGCUUUUCGGACCUGAUGUGCCCAUCUUGGCGUCUCGGGCGAGGGACAACUAUUUGCAGGGAAUUGCUGCUCGGGCCUUGGACGAGCGAGAUGGGGGAAAGAUGAAGGCAACUGAGAUUGAGCAGGUUUGA